AUGGAGAAAGGAGUCCUGGUCCCAGGAAUGAAGACAGACUCCAGAAACUGGAAAAGGCGAGGAAAGAGAUUUUCCCAAAGAACUGCUCUUAGGAACCAACCCUACCAAAAUCUUGACUUUACACUAGUGAGACUGAUUUUGGACUCCAGAACUAUUGCCAUAGCCUUUGGAAUAGCUAUUAAAGCUUUCUAUAGACUUAGUUUCACUCCUGAUGGAUCUUUGCUUCUCACACCAGCUGGAUGUGUGGAAUCCGGUGAAAACGUAACAAAUACAACUUAUGUUUUCUCCAGGAAAAAUCUUAAAAGGCCUAUCGCCCAUCUUCCGUGUCCUGGGAAGGCGAUGCUCGCUGUUCGCUGCUGCCCCGUCUACUUUGAGCUGAGGCCAGUGGUGGAAGCAGAGCCAGGUGUGGAGCUGGUGAGCCUGCCCUACCGCUUGGUGUUUGCUGUGGCUUCUGAAGACUCUGUGCUUUUGUACGACACCCAGCAGCUGUUCCCGUUUGGUUACGUGUCUAACAUACAUUACCACACCCUGAGUGAUAUUUCCUGGUCCAGCGACGGGGCCUUCCUGGCCAUCUGUUCCACGGAUGGUUACUGUUCCUUCGUGACGUUUGAAAAGGAUGAGCUUGGAAUUCGCUUGAAAGAGAAGCCAGUUCUGUGCGUGAGAACUCCAGAUACAGCGAAGAAAACCAAGAGUCAGACAGGGUCUUCGCCAGGACCCAGGCUGGGAGAGGGAGCCCCCAGCAGCAGAGUCCGGGACCCCAGCAGCCCCUCUGCAACGCCCCCUCAGGCGAAACAGUCUCCGGCCCCCACGGCGGCCAAGGACAUCCCUGUGACCACUUCCGGUGCCAGAGGCUUCCUGGCAGGGCCCUCAGAGGAGAAGACCCUGCAGCUUGGCAGUCAGAAUGCGAAAGCCCACCCAUCCCGGAGGGUCACUCUGAACACACUGCAGGCCUGGAGCAAGUCAACACUCCGGAGAAUAAACUUGAUACCCUUAAAGACAGAUACUCCACUGAAUUCUAUACCAACCAGCGUAAUUUCCAGCCCUUCCACAGAAGAAAUUCAAUCAGAGAUGCCUGGAGACCCUCAGGUCAGUCCCCCGGAGCUUAAGCGGCCCAGACUCAGUGAGCACAAAGAAGGUCCCCAAGGUCUGGACCCCUGAUGAGACCUGUCAUGUGCCUGAAGGCUGCUAGGUGUGGGGACCCCCGUGUGCCCAGAGAGGGGUGACACCAAACACA